CAAAAAUGGGGUCACAAACAGAAUGAGUGCCAGUGAGUAUUUGCGUCAGAGUCUGAAUUUUAUGUUGGCAACGUUCUCGGCCAACUACGGCCAGAAGGCGCGAAAUUCCCCACGUAUUUGAACUGGAAAUGUAAUUGAAGUUUGUGAGUGUGUGGUGCGCAUUCUGGAAGGAGUCAUUCUUCGGACUUUUGUAAGGAUUUCAGCUGUAUAAUAGCAGCUGUUACUACUAACAAUGCCACUCGAAGAAGUUAAUGUUAACUGUAACGAUUUAUUAAGCGUGAAGGAGAACUUAACGAGUCAGAAGUCGGGACCACCAAGUGGUGCUCCUGAAAGAGCCAUUACAACUUCAAGAUGUGAAUCGAAUGGAGAGAUUUUGUUGGCCGAAAAUCCAAAUCGUUUUGUUAUAUUUCCCAUCAAAUUUCAUGAUAUUUGGGAUUUUUAUAAGAAGGCCUUGGCAUCAUUUUGGACUGUUGAUGAGGUUGAUCUCAGCAAGGAUUACCGUGACUGGGAAAAUUUGAAUGAUGGAGAGCGUCAUUUCAUCUCAAGAGUUUUAGCGUUUUUUGCCGCCUCAGAUGGUAUCGUUAACGAAAAUUUGGUAAAUCGUUUCUCGCAAGAAGUUCAGGUACCAGAAGCACGUUUUUUUUAUGGUUUUCAAAUUAUGAUCGAGAACGUCCAUUCUGAAAUGUACUCCAAAAUGAUUGAUACCUACAUUCGUGAUCAAAAACAAAAGUCUCUCUUAUUCAAUGCAAUUUAUGAAUUCGAAUUCGUCAAGAAGAAAGCUGAUUGGGCAUUAUGUUGGAUUGCUGAUAUAAAAGCCCCCUAUGCGGAACGACUGAUAGCCUUUGCUGCUGUUGAGGGAAUAUUCUUCUCUGGAAGCUUUGCUGCAAUAUUUUGGUUGAAAAAGCGCGGUUUGAUGCCUGGUUUGACGCAUAGCAACGAGCUGAUUUCAAGAGAUGAGGGCUUGCAUCGUGAUUUUGCCUGUCUCUUGUACACUUAUAUUAAAAAUAAGCCUUCAGAGGAAAGAAUUUACCAGAUUAUUCGCGAAGCGGUUGAUAUUGAAAAGGAAUACUUAACGGAAGCAUUACCGGUUGACCUGAUCGGCAUAAACUGCAAGUUGAUGUGUCAAUAUAUUGAAUAUGUAGCUGAUCAUUUACUAACAGAACUCCAUUGUGCAAAGAUGUACUAUUCGGAUAAUCCAUUUGAUUUCAUGGAGCGUAUAUCGAUCGAAGCCAAAACUAAUUUUUUUGAAAAACGUGUCAGCGAAUACCAGAAAGCUGGUGUUCUAUGUAGCGAAGAAGGAAAAAGUUUCAAGUUAGAUUCAGAUUUCUGAUUCUUCUGUGAUCCAUACAGUAUUUAUACCUCACCGUUAAUCAUUUCUUGUGGACGAACUUUUCCGAACUAUCCGUAGUAACAUAUUGUUUUUUGGGUCUAUUCUUACUGCACUUUUCGGCUCAUAGAAGAAAUCCGGAUUGUUCCUUUUUUCAAGCGUUCACUUGUCAUUUCUUUUAGAAUUAAAUUAUUGGAUACAUCAACACCUCUUCUAACUUGUAGCAAAAAUUCUUUCUAACAGCAGCUGCAUCAUACAUUACUGCAAAUCAGUUGAAAGAAGAGCGAGAACAAAAAUAGGGGUUAGAAGAUAAAAAGGAAUAAAAGAAAAAUGAGUCUAUAUGAUUGUCCCUUCCCACAUUAAUGUCGCUGAUGUCUGAGCAUUCCAAAUUACUGAAAUCAGACCUGUCUUCAUCUAGAAUGUCGC